GAAGUUCAGCCUGUUCUCUGUUUCCUGUUCCUCUCCAGUGCUCCAUGAUGCUUCUCCACACAGACGGAAAGCCCCUUAAAACUCAUCUCAGGACUCUCAGGGUUUUGGUUCCCCUACUUCUCCUAACACACCACUGUAGAGGUCAGUCUCAGCUGAUUGGCUCACCUCAGCCAAUCGUAGCACACCUUGGCAGUGACAUCAUUUUGGCGUGUUACCUGGUGCCGGCGGUAAAUGUUGCCGAUCUGACGUUGGAGUGGACGAGACCGGACAUGGACCCCAGAUUCGUCCAUGUGAUGCGGCUUGGUCAGGAAAUGGUGGAUAAAAAACACAAAUUGUUUGAGGGAAGAACAUCGAUGUUCACCGAUGAGCUGAAGAACGGGAACAUCUCUCUGAAACUGUCCAACGUACAACUCUCUGAUCAGGGGAAAUACAGAUGUUUCAUCCCAGAACUGAACCAGCAGGCUUUUGUUGAACUAGUUUGUGCAUCAGGUCCUGCCUCUCCUCCUGUCAUCAGUAUAUCAGGGGUCGACGGUCAGACCGGAGGAGUGGUGCUGCAGUGUGAGUCUGCAGGCUGGUAUCCAGAGCCUGAGGUGCUGUGGCUGGAUGCUGAAGAAAAGCUCCUCUCUGCUGGACCUCCAGAGACAGUCAGAGGUCCUGAUGACCUCUAUACUGUCAGCAGCAGAGUGACUGUGGAGAAGAGACACAGCAACAGCUUCACCUGCAGAGUCCAGCACCACAACACCAAUCGCACCACACAGACACACCUCCAGGUUCCAGAUGAUUUCUUCAUAGUCCCUUCUAGCUGCAUUGCUCCUGUUGCUGUCAGCGUGUUGUUUGGACUCAUGUUUGUGAUCGCUGUCGUCCUUUUCGUCUGGAAAUGGAGACAAAACAUCAACGAGACAAAGAGAAACCGUUUGGAUCAAGUUGAUGAAGGAGAAGGUGGACAGCUGAUGACAUCAGAAACUGCACCAGUGAAGGAUUUAGAGAGACAAGAGGAAAAGAGCAAACAGCAGCUCCAGGAGGAGAAGACCAGGAGAGAGGGAGCUGAGAGAGAAGUGGAGGACACAGAUCCUCAGAGUGAUUCAUCUGAAUUUCAUCUUGCCUCCGAGGUGAACCAACAUCACCAUGAUAUGAAGGAAGGAAUUGCAAAGUCACAGGCAGGAGGACCAGGGGAGCCGCUCCACACCCCCCACACUCAGACCUCAGACUCAGGAUUUGAUAUUGAGGUCGACCAACAUGGCAAAUACUUCCGUCUGAGAAACACUUCAGCUCAGGACAAACAGCUGGGACUCUGGGAGUUAUAUCUGCAGGUUAACACAAAACAACCCAUCAAGUUCACAUUUAAACAAUCUUUCAUCCUCCAGGCUGGAGAAUCUGUCAGAAUGUGUGCACGAGGUUAUGGUUCAAAUUAUUCUAACACUGACCUGAAGUGGAAUCAUCUGAAGCCCUGGAGCUCUGGAGACAGACUGCAGUUCUCUCUCUACAGCAACACUAGAGAGAUCCAACAUGAACUCUGUGUGACAAUACCCUGAACACUCUAACUCCCCUUUCUCCUGCUCUCAUGAUGCUUAUCUUACCCUGCAUUUAUCAACCUCUGCAAAUAUACUCCUGCUCUCUGUCUGUCUGGAGAGAAACAGCAGUUAAUUAACGUUGAACUUUUGAUCCUCUGACAUUAGGAAAGAGCCUUAGAGGAAAGAGACCACAUUAUAAACAUGAUACAUCAAGGACUGCAUGACUGAGGGAACAACCACACAUUUCUAUGGAAAUAAAACGACAUUUACCUUUUCUGCUGGUAUAUUUCAGGGCCACUAUCUAUCUACUCUAAAUUGAGCCAAAAUAUGAUGAUAUUCUUGUGAAGACCAAAGGUCAAAUGAAUCAAAAUCACAAUGUGGGAUGAACUAGAAAUCUAAAGUUCACCUCCCCAUUUGAUAUCCUAUUUAAGAUAUGUAUGAACAAAUGUUUUAUUUUGAAAGGUUCACUUCCUGUUUGUUCAACUUUGAUAUUUGCUUUGUAAAAUAUCCACUUUAUAUGUCUUUGAUAUGCAACUGGAAUAAAGAAAAACAUGUUUGGUA